AUGCAUCUCCAUUACCUGAUAGAAUCUGUAAGCGAUCAGUCACUCUGCGACUCAUCAGAGAAGAAGAAAUCUAGAAAAGGAAAGCAAGGAUUUGAUAAGAAGUUUGACACGGAAGGAACGUUGUGUGGCAGCGGAAAUGUUAACAAGAGUGACGGAACAGAAAAUAUCUUCUUAGAAUCGCAGGACAGAGGCUGCUGUGCUGUCAGCGACUAUGUUACCAUAAAUGAAGAUGAAAGUGUACAAGAUGAAUCUAACAGUUCUAGAGAUAAGAAACUCAAGAAAAAGAAAUUAAGACAACUUGAGCAUAAUGAUAAAAAAUUUACAGACGGAAUAAGCAGAGAAAAGGAGGAUGUGGGUGAUGUAUCUAACGGCUCAAAAGACAAGAAACACAAGCAUAAGAAAUCAAAACAACUUGAGUGCAAUGAUACAAAAAUUACAGAUGACGUUAAUGGAGAAGACGAAAACAUAGGUGAUGUACCUAACAGUGCCAAAGACCGACACAAGCAUAAGAAAUCAAAACAACUUGAGUGCAAUGAUACAAAAAUUACAGAUGAUGUUAAUGGAGAAGACGAAAACAUAGGUGAUGUACCUAACAGUGCCAAAGACCGACACAAGCAUAAGAAAUCAAAACAACUUGAGUGCAAUGAUACAAAAGGUACAGACGAAAUAGGCAAAACAACCGAAAACAUAGGUCAUGUACCUAACAGUGCCAUAGAGAAACACAAGCAUAAGAAAUCAAAACAACUUGAGCAUAAUGAUACAAAAGUUGCAAACGAAAUAAACAAAGAAAUGGAGAGAGAUGUUGUUGAUGUGUCUAUCAGUUCUGAAAAAAAGAAACAUAAGCAUAAAAAAUUGAGCCAGAAUGAGCUUAAUGAUACAGAUGCUGUGGGCAAAAUGCACAGUGAAAUGGAAGCUGUUUCCAUUGUUGAUGAAAGUGGUGGGUUAGAAAUGAAAGUCUACCUAAAUAAUGACAAGGAAUGUGUCUCCAAACAUCACAAAAAUAAAAGAGUGAAAAGAAACAGAAGUGGGUCUGAUUCAUUUCAGGAUGAAGUAGAUGGUGAUAAACUUGGUGAAUGGGAAAAUGGUAACCGUAGAGAGAAAAACAGCAAUGAAGAAUGCGUAAGUCUCGGAGAAACUGAUGAUGUGGAUAUAGAUGGUAUGGAGGAAAUGAUAAACCUGUUGGAGGAACCGGACAGUAAUAGUACAAAUGGUUCUGAGAAUUUGGAAAGCCACAAUUCAUCGAACAAAUCUAACUCUAAAGCAAAGCUCAAAUCGCCAAAGAAAACUGGCACAAAGAGGAAAUUGGAAUUGAGUUUUCAGUCGGAUUCUGGUAAAGGUUGUCAUGGUAAUAAAAAACAUAAAACGGACAAGGAAAAUGCUAAAAGUGAAGAUCCUGAGACUAAGUCAACCAAAAAGGUAGUAACAAUGUCGUACCACGAUUACUUGCAGACAUUGGUUUCUACUGUGGAUUCUUGUGAUACGCCUGAUGAAAUGUCAUCAAGAUCAGACAAUUCAGAUCCCAGCAACUCGGAACAUACUGGAAGAAAGACAAAAUUAAACAAUAAAAGUAGUCCUGAAAAGCAGGAUAUUACAGAAGAUUCUGUUGUUAAUGAGAACAAAAUUGAAAAUACUGAACCGAAGUCUUGCAAUGGGAGCACCCCAUCAAUUAUGAUUUUUUUCACAAAAAAGUCUGAAAGUAAAUCAAGUGAACAGGGCGUCUCUAUGGUUAUACAAGCUGAUGUUCAUAAUGAUCCAUUGUCGUCGCCAGUUGUGAAACGGUCUAGUCAGAAAAAAGAAGUGUCUUCUGGGAAGAAGGAAGGUUCCCCAGUUACGAAAUUAUUGACAUCUUCGUCACCUGGUGUGAUAAGAAUAAGCGAUGAUAUUGAAAUUCUUAGUUCCGAGACAUACGCGGAUGAAACUUGCUGUAAAACAGAUAGUAAAGGAAAAAGAUGGUCUAGUCCAAGAAAGAAAGCUAAGCUUAAAAAGUUACAUGAAAAUGCCACUAAUGUUAACUCGGCCAUAGUGAAAAUAUCGGGUAAAUCUAAGAAAAUUAAAAACUUGAAAAAUAAAUCUUUUGCUAAGAAAAAGGAAAUUGUGGCUAAAUUUUGUGACAAAACUGAUCCUGAUGUUGAAAUAACAAAAAUUGAUGAAAAAGUUAAUCAGCAAGUUAAAAAUCACAAGAAAAAUAACAGUAAUUCCAGUGUUAAAAAAACACAGAAAGAAAAUACUGAUGGUCUAAUGCAGGGUGAAGAUAAAGAAAAACGUGAAGCCUUUCUGAAAAGUACGGGCACUGUAACGUUUCCUGCAAAGACUGCACAGGCUAAGCUAUGUUUCACCCAGUCUGGUCUUUCAGCUGAUAAAUCUAGUGUAGCUAAAACGAAUCACAAUACACGUGUGAGAAAUACUCCAUUAAGAAGUGAGAAGAAGUCAAAAAAAGUUAACAAGAUGUCCACAAGUGAAAAAUCUUGUUUGAUAACUGACAUUGUUAAUUCUGAUUUUGUGCAGUCUCUAAGUGUCAAAAGAAAGAAGAAAAACUCUAAACCAAUGACUGAUGGAGAGGUCGUAGACGUUGAAGAGAUUAAAACACCAAGCCGGAGACCUCAAAGGACCAAGUACAAAGUUUCCGGUUUCCAGUUUGAUGAUAGCAAGGAGACCCCUAUAAAAAUAAAAAUAAGGUAUUACAAAUCUCCUGGUGACGAAGAGAGUAAUUUCACUCCCAAAUGUUUGAAAUCGAAGGAUAAAAAGAUGGAAGCAAGACUGGCUAAAGCACAGGAGCUACUCCAUAGGGCAAAGAAACACAAGCGCAAGAGAAAGCUGUCAUCUUCAGGAAAACCAAAGACUAAGAAGACUAAAAAGAAGAAAAAACACAGUAGAGAGCGUCUGGAGGAAGUCGCCAGUAAUGACGAAAGUGGUCGGCGGAGAAGUCGGCGGUUGGCUGCUCAUGCAAACCAGAGUCUGGAGGAAUCGGUCAUCGAGAUUGACGAGGAAGAGGUUACAGAGGUUCGGUCAAAAACCAAGUCAAAGCUAUCCACGAAGCCUGGAGCAAGUCCAAGAACGAAGAAAACAAAACCUUCAGGAAAACUAGCUCCAAUAUUCAUGAAAGGAGGAAAACCAGAUGAAUUUGCAAACAUACCAAAACAACCAGAAGAUCCAGAGAAAGCACGACUAAGAAAAGCUUUCCUGAUGAGCGGAAUUCCCGAAGAACUGAAGAAACAAACCACUAGCCAACCUGCAGUAGUUUACCCAGAGUUUGCUCCCUUGCCAGUUGUCAGUCAUGUACAACAAAGAGAAAAAUGUUUGGAUUCAGGUGUGGAUUUCUGGCAUUUACCGCCCGUGUCUUUGUGUCUAAGAUGGACCGGAUCCCUGGUUCACUCACACUGUAAGUGGUCUUGUCUUGGAUGGAAAUCGCUGAUGUCCAGAGCUUCCAAACGCAUAUUUGAGAAUUUUCUUGGCCAUGAUGAUAUCCCCGAAGAGGUCACAGUUAAACUGAUGGAGGAGAUGAAAGCUUUCAACAGGAAUUACCCGUUUGCCGACUUAUUUAAAGAAUUGCGAACCAAGAGACAGGAUGAUAUUAAUUUACAGAGUACUGAUGAUCAAACAAAUCUCCCAUGUCAGGAAGCUGUGACUGAGCAUGAAGUUGUCAAUGUGGAUGAUAUUGUUUGUAAGAAGAAAAAACACAAAAAGAGACGCAAGUCUUCCAGCGAUCACGAAGUAACUGUUGAAGAAAAGGAUAAACCGAAAAACAAGCUCAAACUGCUACGGGAGGCUAAAGAAGGCAGCGAAAAGUCUGAAUCAACUGCUGGCAGUGUCACUGAGUGUGUUAAACAUUGUGUUAAAGAACUAAUGUGGACUGAUCGCUACCAGCCAGGCCAUUCAUGUGAGGUCAUAGGUCACAGUAAGAAUAUCUCUAGAAUGAAAAGCUGGCUACUGGAGUGGAAACACAGAACUGACCUCGAGGAGAGAAAAAUGAGAAAGAGAAUGAUGCAACAGACUAGAGGAAAGUCUACCACCAAAGAAAAAGAGCCUGAUGCAUGGGAUAGUGAUAACAGCGAUUUUGACAUCUACUCUGAAAACAGCGAUGAUGAUGAUGAUGAUGACGACAGACUGUGUAACACAUUGCUCAUCACUGGACCCACCGGCAUCGGCAAGACAGCCACAGUGUACGCUCUAGCACAGGAACUUGGCUAUAAGGUGAUUGAAGUAAAUGCAUCGUCAUCUCGAAAUGGUAAACGUAUUCUCUCACAACUACAAGAAGCCACCCAGUCUCACCAGGUGGCUCAGAGCAAAGAGGGGACAACUAACUGGACGAACAUUACGCAGACGGACAGUGUUCAAGCUUUUCAGAAAUCUCAAGAAAAACCUGUGCCAAAAUUGCCUACAGCAUUCACCAAUUUGUUUCAAAAGGCAGCAGCCAAGAAAACCUCUCCUAUUGAAGUCAUUGACGUGGAUAAGAAAUCGAAAAAACACCCCAAGAAGUCUAAGAAAUCAAAAAAGGAGGUAGCUGACGAAGGAACUGACACGUCAAAAGAUGCCAAGAGGAAAAGAGGCCACGAUUCUCAAGAUGGAAGAAGUCCCAAAAAGGCCAAGAAAGACAACACACAGCAGUUGUUACCAUCGAGAAUUCACGAAGACUCCAGUCAGACAGGCUCUCUGAAUUUGUCUUCUACAACUCUGAUAUUGUUUGACGAGGUUGAUAUUUUCUUUGAUGACUUUGACAAAGGAUUUCUUCCUGCAGUCCAACACUUUAUGUUCACUGCAAAGAUCCCUAUCAUCCUAACAACAACAAACUCGAACUUCAGCCGUCAGCUACAGACGAGAUACGAACAGAUCACUUUCAAGCCGCCUUCACUGCCUGAUAUAGUGAGCCAUCUACAGACGCUGUGUCUGGCAGACAACCUGAGGUCUGAUUAUCAUGACAUCGUGGGUCUGGUUCGGUUUUAUGACGGAGAUAUCCGCAGGUGUAUGCUGGCCCUACAGUUGUGGGUGGACUCCGGAGGAGACCGGAACAGUGAGGAGCGGCCGAUCUCUACCAGUGUGAAGACCGUCAAACAAGAUACAACACUGUCGGAUAUUGCUUUGGGAGAUUCGCAGGACACACAAGAAGAAUCCCCAGUACAUCUGACUGGUUUUGAUGAAGAUGAAUCCGAGUUUGACACAGUAAAACGAUCGUCGAAGGGUAACCGCAGUAGGAUUAUUUACGAUGAUGACGCCAACUGCAACCCUUUUCCUGUUGCUCUGACGGCAAGUGAAAAGAGUGGAGAAGAUCUCCCCAAGGUACACAGGGUCAAGGUGGAGAGGUUGCUGGGAGCACUGACCACAGAGUCGGAACUUCAAGAUAGUGUGUGUCGGUACUUGCAGGGAUCCGACGUGGAGUCGUUAUGUCUCACACUGCAGAAUCUUAGAUCUUCAAACAUCGACGUACUUUAUGACAACAUUCUGCAUUUACUCCCUUUACCCAAAACACACCUCGAGCCCUGGGUUAAUGAUCCACCAAAAACAACCCGUCCUGGUAAGAAGUUUAAGAGAAUAAACAGUGAUAUUUUCGACAACGAAGAAUCUCUGGACAGUGUUGCGGAAUCGGAAGAAGAAACCAACAAAGAACCAACAUUGUGUACCAUGACCAAAGAUGAAAAGGUUUUGAAUUUAAAAUCUUUGACUUCUUUUUCCGAUUUCUAUGAAACGAUGUGUUUUAUUGACACUCUGGAAGCUGUCAGUGCUAGGAGUGACUUGGACAGUCCUGCGAUUGCCGACUCCAGCAGAGGAAGUUUGUGUUAUGGAAUGGACGCGUCUGUGGUCCAACACGAGUACUCGCAGUGGUGUACUCACUCGCUGAAUCACGAGUUACAGUCCGAGUUACAACUACGAAGUGCGAGGUCAUUUUGUAAUAGUAUUGACAAUGGUAUGACGGAGUAUAAGAAAGUUUCUGGAAUGCAUGACAUUCCAGAUUUCGUGCAUCUUCCCGUUGAAAAUGGCAGCACUCUGUUAAGAAUUCACAAAAGUUGUGGACCAAGAAUGAGCGGUGCUGUGCGGAGAGCCAAGGAGAACGUCACCUCGGUACUUCCCCUGUCACUGUACUGCCAGCCUCGAGUGGUCUCUCUCGACUACCUGCCCACGUUACGCAUCAUCACUAAAGUGGAGCAGCUCAGACAAGUGGCAAAAGCCAAACGAAGAUUUCACCACUAUUUUGACCACAUUGGCCUGACACUGAAGGAGUCCACCUUGAACGUAUUUCUGUCUACUUACUAACAUAUUCACUCAGUGUCUUGUGGUUUUAAAAAAUGUUUAUUUUAUUAUGGAAUUGACCUGACUGCAUGAAUAGACUGCAAAAUGGGAAGAUGUGGAAUUCAAAGCAUUUCACUUACUGGUAUUGACAGUCUCAGAGUCUGUCAUAUUGCUUUACAUCAGUUAAUUCAUCGUUUUAGUAUUUCUAAAUAUUUUGAAGCCAUUUUUUAAAUGUAUAUUUGUACAUUGGACAAAAGCUGUGUAUUAGUUAAAAACACUUCAGUCAAUUUAUUAUAGAAUCAACAUGGUGUAUUUUUUCUUCUUUCAAAAGCACAAGCUUUCGAUGACUGUAAAAUGUAUUUCGACCAUUGAUUUAUUUUGAUAUUUAUUGUAGGGAAUUAUAAUGUUGUAUUUCUUUGUCAUGACCAUUCUUGGCCCGGCCAUUAGAGCUGGGCGGUAUACCGUUCGGUAUCGGUAUAAUGUCAAUACCGAAUUACCGUACUGGACAAAUUUUAAAAUACUGAAAUUUCGGUACUGAAAAAUAUUUCCUGCCAUUUAGUAAAGCACUAACAAUAUAUCUAGCAAACCCAAAUGGGUUGGGUAUAAACCAGAUGAGGGCCUUGUGUAUGGAAUUUAAUAUUAUUUUGAUGAAAUUAGUGGGUAAGUCUUAACUCUGGCAUACAUUUAAAUCCAAGUAUACUUAAAAUACUGAUCAAUGACGGUAUCAGUAUUGUGUCAAUACUAAAUACUGUGUCAAUACUAAAUACUGUACCAAUACUAAAUACUGUGUCAAUACUAAAUACUGUGUCAAUACUAAAUACUGUACCGAUACCGAGGUAAAUCACCCCCACAAUACCGAUAUUAAUACAGAACCUCAAAUAUCAAUACUGCCCAGUUCUAGCAGCCAUGGUUCUUGGUUAUCAUAUUAUAUACAAGUAUUGUCUGCGUGGUCUCGCGCUCAUAUGAUGGGAUUAGUCUUCUUGUAAUGGGAACUAGCGUCUCAUUGUUCAUGGAUUAGUUUGUGUUGAAAAUAGUGAACCGUAGUCAUCAUGUUGAUCAUAUGUAUCAUUGCUAUGUAUAUAUUUUUGGAAGAGGUAUUUGUUAAUGCGUCAAAAAUCAGUCUACAUUUUUAGCUACAGUAUUUAUUUGCUCUAUUUAUCUUGAUGAAAAUAGAAUGUUUAAACAGUGAAUUGCACGAUAUUCAUUUUGCUCAGUGCAUAUUAAUGUGGAUUUUCUCUUCCAAGUUACGUUUUAUUUAUUUAUUUUUAUUAAUUUUAAUUCUUUUUGAUGUUUUGUUUUAUGUUCUCUUUGAUGUGGAGUGUUUAUCAGUUAAGAAAAUAUUAAUAGAUCUCUGAUAAUAAACAAGUUACCAGUACUUCAGUGAUGUGAGGUUUUCGCGGAAUUCCGCGUUUUCAUGACCCAAAUUCCGCAUUUUUAUAUUUUUUCCGCGAAUAAAUAAAAAUAUAAAUUUAACGGUUUUGUCCGACUUUUAAUAUUAAGCUUUUUACCGGUAUUUCCGUCUUUUAAUCAACACGGAAGUCUGUCGACUUAUCUCCCUUCCCGCACCGAACAGUAACGAGGUUUGCCGAGGUUUUCUGUUGUUAGGCAACAUUUCAUUGGUUCGUUUUAGCCAACCGUGUAUAGCAUUAGACAAUUAGCCCGCAUUUUGUGAAGCGGCAAUGGCAACACGGCGUAAAGAUAUCGUGAAGAAAUCAGAUAAAUUAAAACUUGACGUAAACAAAAAAUCCCUGGCAAUGGGAAUGGCUAGAGAAACAGGUGGAUGGUGUUCAGUUAGAAAGCGUUUUUGAGAAACUGUCGGCAAGUGGAAAAGCCUAUUGCAAAAUUUGUCAGAAGGAAAUCAAAUACGCCAACCAGGGUCUUAACACAGUGAUUUAACACACUUCAUAAAUUUGUUGUUAAGUACCAUUACAUGACCAUUUCUGUGAUCUAAAUAGGAAAAAUAGCUCCCCCCCACCGGGGCGUUGCCCCUGGACCCUUUGACAUUUGGUCACUCACAUCCCUGGUACUUACCAGAUUAUGUUCUGAGUGAAAUUAUUUACACUUUUCACAAGCCUUGGCAAGUGACAAAUGAACAUUAUUUACACUUGUCACAAGCCUUGGCAAGUGACAAAUGAACAUUAUUUACACUUGUCACAAGCCUUGGCAAGUGACAAAUGAACAUUAUUUACACUUGUCACAAGCCUUGGCAAGUGACAAAUGAACAUUAUUUACACUUGUCACAAGUCUUAGCAAGUGACAAAUGAACAUUAUUUACACUUGUCACAAGUCUUAGCAAGUGACAAAUGAACAUUAUUUCAUGAGGGAUGUAAAUUCAAUUACUGGUUCUUCUAUUUAUUAACUCGGCUAGUUUUCUCUAAAGAAAAGUAAAUUCUCUCUCUUUUUUUUUUCUUCUCUUUUUUAGGUCAGUUAAGUAUUCAUAGAGAGAGAAAUUAUCCAAGUUUUCAAAAAAUUUCAGUAUAUAUAUGGAUAUAAAAAUAUUGUAAACAACUUAACACCUAUGUUGGGUAUUGCUAUAUCUUUGUAUUUUAUUGAUGAUCACAAAUAAUUUUAAAGACCAAAGUUGUAUUUAUUCUGUUCAAAAAUGUUUUUUUUUUUUUUUUUACAAACACAAAAACAUUGUAACAACAUUUAUAUUUAUAUAUCUUGGAAGUUGGAAGCAAUAUAAAAUAACAUUUACACAGCUUGGAAGAAGAAUUCAAAUAUUUGAUAUUGAUUUUUAUUGAUGAAGAAUAUUUGUAAAAGUACUAAUGUAUAUACUUUUGUUUCCUGUAUAGUAUUCUGUAGUAAGCAAAUUUGUACAUUUAUUUUCAGUUGUGAAUAUUCUUAAUUUAUUGGUGUAUUAUUUUCAUUUUAAUAAAAAAAAAGUAUGUGCUAUGAUCAGAACUAUCUAAAAUCAUUAACACUCAUAGGGCUGAAUUUACGAAUCCUGUUUAUGUCUUACACAUGUGUAACUACAUACACUUACAAUGUUUAAACUCUUGUUUGUGUCUUACACAUGUGUAACUACAUACACUUGCAAUGUUUAAACUCCUG